AUGAAUGCCGGUAAGUGGGGUUUGCUAGACUGGCUUUGCAUCAAUGGUGGCACCCCUUUAAUUGAUGCCCUAACACAAGCUAGCUCUGAUGUGGUUGAUAUCCAUGUAUCUUCUCUCUUCCAAGCUCUCCAUGCCGAAAAUAAUUAUCUUCCCAUUCAGGAUGAUACACUGAUGGGUGAUGAAGCAUCAGUUGAUGUGGCGGAAGAACCUGCAAAAACUAGUGCAGAUUGGGAAGCAACUGCUAAACAAGCGAGUGUCGAUGGUGAACUUGGAGACAGGCAUGUUCGAAGAGCUAGAGACAAAGGGCACCCUCACUCGCUUAGCCAAGCUACUGUCAGAUGA